AUGGCGCUUCGUGCAAGGACGACGCCGCUUCUGCCCGCGGCUCUCGCCGUGGCGUUCCUCCUGUCAAGCGCCGCCGAGGCACGCGUCCUCCUCACGCUCGACGACUUCGGCGCCGUCGGGGACGGCAUUGCCAACGACACCCAGCUUCUCCUGGCGUUCGUCGAGGCCUGGAGCGCGGCAUGCGCCAUGGGCGACAACACGUACCUCAACGUCCCCGCCGGCAAGUCCUACCAGAUCUGGCCCGUCACGCUCGCCGGCCCCUGCCGCGGCGAAAUCAAGCUCCUGGUACUAGUGCACUUCAAUUUCCAGCCUCUGUGGUCUGUUUCCUCACAGACUCAACUAAACCAGGCGGCUCCCAAGGCGGUCCACUUCGAGGGCUGCGAGGACGUGAGCGUCAUGGGGAUCACGGUGCAGAACAGCCCGCGGCAGCACCUGGCCUUCACCCGCUACUACAACGUCAAGGCCAACUACCUGCAGGUGACCGCGCCGGAGGGCAGCCCCGGCACCGUCGGCGUGCUGCUCGCCAGCUCCACCAACGUGCACGUCAUGGACGACCUCUUCUCCGUCGGUGGCGAUUGUGUGUCGAUUGUGGGGAAUUGCACGGAUGUGCGUCUCAGAUCCGUCUCGUGCGGACCAGGCGCCGGUAGAAUUUCCAGCCAAUUUUGCAACUUAAUCUCGAUUUGCCUAUGAAAAAUGCACCCUUUGAAAUGUUGGUCGGUAUCGGGGACUCGGGCGAGGACCAAAGUCAGCACAAGACCGAGAAGAUCAAGAUGGACACCCUCUUCAUCACCAACACACACGAGGACGGCUGCGGCUUCUGGAGUUCUCACCGACACUGCCUUUGUCCAAACGGAAUUGCUAGUGCUCAGGCGACUGAGAAACAAUAUUUCUCAGUCGACCUGCUGAUGGUUGGAUUUCCAUGCUAAGAUCGUGCGUGCGUUUUCUGUUUCCUCGAUAAUUCCCUGUCCACGAAAGAGCUAAAAGGGCCAUAAUAGCUAGCAUUUUUCUUGGGCCAGGGGUGUGCGGGUCUGAGAUGGUCUGUGUUCUGAUUUUUGGUGGGCCAGUGGCUGUGUGUUGGGCUUGAUAAAUGCUAGUGGAAUUUUCUUUUCAGAAUUUGCAGGGUCAUGAGUGUAUUCUUUUGCCAUUCCUUUGUGUUCGUAAGCAACAGGUUAGAAUAAUAUAGUUAUUCUCAAAAAAAUGUUAGAAUAAUAUAGUCCCAAUUAAAAAAGGUUAGAAUAAUAUAGUGUCCUUUUUUUAAUCAAAGCUCUGUGUUUGUGUUUGGUAGUGGUUACAUCCAAUGAGUGUGCAAUUUCUUUAUCUAUAUUCCUUUAUAUUGGUUAAUAUAGUACUAGUUUUAUCUGGUUUUUAGCUACUAGCUAGUUUUAUAUGGGUUUUUUCUUCUUUUUUUCCUAAAUUACCAUACUAUUAUUAGUAUUAUUAUUAUUAUCGGAUUUGUUAGAUCUCAAUCGCUGAGAAAAACAAUUUCUCAAUCGACGAUAUUAGCAUCGACCGGACGAUCGACAUGCUGCGUGGACGUGUUGAUGGCAGGUCAUCCGCUUAAUUUUAUUCGACUGUAACUUUAAUUUUUUUGGUUGCGUGCCGGUUUCAAUUGUAGUUUUUCUAGUUGCACCCAUAAUGUUUCCUAUUUCAUGGGGCACUAAAUUUCAUGUGCAAUUUUUAAAAUCGCGCAUUAAGUUUCAAGUGCAAUUUGUAAUACGGCACAUUAAAUUUCACGUGCAAUUUUUAGAACGGCGCGUUCAAUUUCACGUGCAAUUUUUAACCGCGCAUUAAGUUUCAAGUGCAAUUUUUUAAUACGGCGCAUCAAAUUUCACGUCCAAUUUUUAAAACGGCACGUUAAAUUUCAUACGCAAUUUUUAACCACACAUUAAAUUUCACGUGCAAUUUUUGAAACCGUGUGUUAAACUUCACGUGCAAUUUUUAAAACUGUAUACACUCAUGAGGUCGUUGUGGUUUUUGUUCUCCCGUAUUGUUUAUCUGUGCGUUUGAUUGUAGGUUUUUUUUGCACUACUAUAGGCCCAAUAAAACAGCUACCGUACCUAACUUGGGUUGUGUUUUUAUUGCUUUUUUGUGGGCCAUUGGACUAGAUAUGGAGUUACUAUUGUACGUUAAACCUGGACAGCGUCAACAGAAGUGAAAUUAAUUACGGAGACCUCCUUGGAUCAUGGUGGACUCAGUCGCCUGAUCCCUAGUGACUCCCUUAUCCAAAAUGCCUCCCCCUGUUGGAGAGGCAUCGAGCAUGGCCUUGAUCUUCUGAAAAGAGGCGUUAUCUGGAGAAUUGGUAACGGCAGGAAUGUGCAAAUUUGGCCCCCGGGGCAACUUGAAAGCUUCUGCAAGCCUGAACCGCUCUCGCCUUAGACGGGUGUCUGACCUGAUCGAUCAGACUAAACACUCCUGGAGAGAGGAUCGAGUUCGGGAAGUCUGUAUCCCUCCUGACGAUUAAGAGGUGUCCUGAAAAUUCCUCUCUCCCGUGCAGCAGUUGAAGACGUACCGCAUCGCGUGGCACCACGGGGCGAACGGAAUUUUAUCUGUCUGCAGUGCCUACCGUCUGGGCAGGCAAAGCCAUUGCCUCGCUCUCUCCGAUCGAUGGCCAGUCCAGCACGUACUGCCCCUGAUGGAAUACGUCAGCUUUGGGAUUUGAUUUGGAAAGCGGAUGUACAGCCCAAGGUGCGCGUUGUCGCCUGGAAACUUGCUACCAACUCCCUGGCACUUGCAGUCCAACAUAACAGAGCGAGAAGGCUACCAAAAGAGAUCCCUACCUGCCAAAUCUGCCUGCCCUCCGUUUCACUAUGAGAUCGCACUGGGAGCUGCCUGACGAGAAAACCCUUAGUUUCAAAGGAAACGACUGGUGCCUACUCACUCUUGCCAGGCUGAACCGAAACGAGCGGACUAAGAUGCUCCUCAUCUGGUGGAGGGCUUGGCACCACAGGAACAACAUCAUCUUCAACAACGGAGACUGCCCAAUUAGUGCAUCUAUAAACCUGCUCAUGGGCUCCUAUUCUGGGCAGGAAAAGACUCCGGGGAAUUUGAAUUUCCCUCUGACCAAAAGGAAUUAAGGAAAAGGGUGAUCAUCCCGCCGUUGUCUCCUACGGAGAAAUGCUACCCGCCCUGGCCCCACGGCCGUCUGGCAAAGACCCAAGCAUGGUUGGCAAAAGCUGAACGUCGACGCGAGCUUCUCCAACAGUUCUGGCUUUGGUUCCUGGGGCGCCGUCCUGUGCAAUCACGACGGGAGCGUCGUGGGCUCUGCGUGGGCGGGCGGCAUCAAUGCCUCGGACGACACCACCAUGGAGACUAUUGCUGCGCUUGAGGGGCUGCGGAGCCUUCACCACCUGAUCUCCAGACUAAUCUGCAUCGAGAGCGACAGCCUCCGGCUCGUCAAAGAAUUCGAUCCGAGUGGAGGAUACAUUCCCCAGCAUUGUACGAUCCAAGAUGUAACUUUGUUAUGUAAAUGAUGAAUAAACAGGUACUUCGAUGUAAAAAAAAAGGUGUGUUUUCUAUGCCAAAACUAGCCAUGCCCGAAAUAUUUAGUGUUUGUUUGCUUUGUUGCCAAAAAAU